AUGGAGAGCUCGCCGCCCACAAUCACCGUCCAGGUGAAGUUCGCCGGCCGAACCAUUCCGGUGGAACUCCCGACAUCCGCCUCCACCGCGGAGCUGAAGCUCCUCCUACAGCCGCUAACCAACGUUCUCCCCCGCGGCCAGAAACUCAUCUGCAAAGGAAAAGUUCUUGCCGACGCCGCGAGUCUGAGCUCGAUGCAGGUGGGGGACGGAUCCAAGGUCAUGCUCAUCGCUUCGCAGGGUCUUCAUCAAGGGGAAGGCCCCAUCACUAAGAAUAGCAGUGGUCUUGCACCAAGUGCAAAAAGAACCUCAAAUGUUAAGGAUAAUCAAACACUAAAACCGGAGAUUAUCAGCAAAAGCCGAGCGGAGCGUUGGAAAAUAACAGGUGUCAUUGCUUUAUCUGGUUCCAGCUUGAAGGCUGUGCCUGAGGAAGUCUGGGACUGUGGCUCCUCCAUACGAGUACUAGAUGUCUGUAACAACUCAAUUGAAGCAAUUCCACAGAAAAUUGCUGCAGUUAAAUCAUUAAAUAAAUUGUUGCUAACCGCCAAUGACAUAUCUGAUGGGGGCAUCAGCUGGGAAGGUCUAUCAUGUGUUGAUACAUUAACAGUUUUAUCUUUAAGCCAAAAUCGAUUGGUCACUUUACCUCCGAGUUUGGGCACAUUGACUUUUCUACGUGAACUUCGCAUUGCAAAUAACAUGCUUGGCAGCCUACCUGUUGAAAUAGGUUUGCUGAAGCAGCUAGAGAUUCUUAUAGCAAAUAAUAAUAGGAUAACUUCGCUGCCUUCCUCUAUAGGCGACUGUGAAUCUCUCUUCGAGGUGGACUUAUCAUCGAAUCUUUUAGCCGAACUACCAAAGGCUUGCGGAAACCUUCACAAUCUGAAGGCUCUGCAUCUAAGGAACAAUGGUCUUAAUUCCCUACCGCCGACUUUAUUCAAGAAGUGCUGGCGGCUUACUACACUUGAUCUCCAUGGCACUGGAAUUACAAAUGACAUUCUUCGACAGCUGGAGGGCUGGGAGGAGUUUGAUGAACGUAGGCGGCAGAAGUAUCAAAAGCAGCUGGAUUUUCAUGUAGGAUCAUCAGGUGUUUUCGACGAGGGUGCGGAUGAUGAUAACCGGCAUGCAUAA